AUCCAUUUAUUUUUUAUUUUUAUUUUAUUAAGUUGGUGUUUGGGGUGCUGCGCAUGCCAAUACCAACCAUCUCACCUUAUUAUUACUUUUAUCUGAACCCACUAACCCUAACCCUAACCCUAACCCAUGUGGGGGAUCAGUGCGGUGGCCCCUCCCCCACUUUCCAGCCUUUCCCCAACCUCCCCCCGUUUUUCAGACUGAUUCAGCUUCGGUUUCCGGGAAACGAAAGAUUACCCAAAUUCUCUGUUCUCUACUCUAUUAUUUUCUAUUCCGUUAUUCUCUUCUUUCCAAACACGUCCUUCCGCCAACCGCCACCCACUUCCCACCGAACUAUAUCCCUACGCGCCCCCACCCAAACGCUGCCCUACGCCACCACUCGCUCGCGCCACGAUCUUGCGCCACAGUAGCCGCCACGCGCGCACUCAGUGAGGCGCAUUUUAGCCCCCGCCCUCAACGAACACACCCAGCGCAGGGCAUCUCACCUCGGUCGUCAGCAAGCGCGUCGCUUUCUCGUUCCACCGCGUCAGCAGUCUUAUCUUUCGCACCCCGCGCUCACUUUAGCACGUCUGCCUAGCUGGCUGCCUCAGGCUGGCCUGCGGACUACUCGCGCACGAUAGCAUCGCCCUCCACACCCGGUUCUGGAUUACUCCCCGCACGUGUCGUUCAUUCACUCGCCCACGUCAGUUCGCCGUUCUGUGCUCCCCACCACCUAGCUUUAUCAUCUUUUCUCUCUCCCUCUCUCCCUCCCCCCCCUUCCCCCCACCCGCUUCUCUCUCUAUAUCACGCCUCUCACUUUCAUAUCUAGGGUUUCUGAAUCUUCCCUGUGUAGCCAUGGGCUCGUUGCCGGAUCCCGGCGGAGAGUUUCCUCAGUCGCCGCCGAGUUUUGACGAUUUUCAGAAGCAGACUUCUCUGAUGACGUCCUGUACUCUGCUAUGGAAAGAGCUCUCCGAUCACUUCACUUCGCUCGAGCAGGACUUGCGCAGGAAGUCUGAGGCUCUCAAGCACAAAAUCCAGACACUAGACCACCAAACCAAGGAGUCCCUCACCGUGCUUGAGAAGCGCGAAGUCACCAUCGACGGCAGCGUUGAGAUCGCCCUCGGAAAAGUUGCAGGGUGCAAGGAGGCUGCAUUGAUCGCUGUCCAGAAAGGCGGUGAUGGCGAUGAUAAUGGCGAGGUUGAUGAUACGGAUGGAUUACUGAUGACGCUGAAAUGUUUUUGUCUGAAGAUGGACACGGAGGGGUUUUGGAAGUUUAUUACUGUGAGGAAGAAGGAAUUGGAUGUGCUGAGGAGUCAGAUACCAGUGGCUUUGGCUGAAUGUGUUGAUCCGGCAAGAUUCGUACUGGAAGCGAUGUCGGAGGUGUUUCCGGUGGAUAAGAGAGUAGAGAAGAGUGAGAGAACAAAUGAUUUGGGAUGGGCGUGUGUUCUGGUGCUGGAGUCGUUGAUACCGGUGGUGGUCGAUCCUGUCCUGGGAAGUUCACGCCCUUUGGUUACACCACGGAUGAAGGAACGAGCGAAGGAUUUUGCGGAGACGUGGAAGGCGAGCUUAGACCAGCGUGGUGGGAUCGAGAAUGUGAAGACUCCGGAUGUGCACACGUUUCUGCAGCAUUUGGUGACAUUUGGGAUUGUUAAGAAGGAAGAUGUUGAUUUGUAUAGGAAGCUUGUUGUUGGGUCUGCGUGGCGGAAGCAGAUGCCUAAGCUUGCAGUUGCCCUCGGGUUGGGUGAGAAAAUGGCUGAUAUGAUUGAAGAGUUAAUUAGCAGGGGCCAGCAGGUGGAUGCUGUGCAUUUCACUCAUGAAGUUGGUCUUGCAGACAAAUUUCCUCCAGUCCCACUACUGAAGGCUUUUCUAAAAGAUGCAAAGAAGGCAGCAGCUUCUAUUUUGGAGGAUCAAAAUAUUGCUGGCCGAGCUUCACAUCUAGCUGUUCGCAAAGAGCAGUCAGCGUUGCGUGCUGUCAUCAAGUGUAUUGAAGAGUACAAACUUGAGGCUGAGUUCCCCCCAGAAAACCUCAGGAAGCGUCUGGAACAGCUGGAGAAGGCCAAGACCGACAAGAAGAAGCCAGCUGCUGCAGUCCCUGCCAACAAAAGAACGCGAGGCAGCAAUGGAGGCCCCAUGCCUCCGGCCAAGGCUGGUCGAUCAACAAAUGCAUAUGUUUCUUCUUUCCCAGCUGCUCCCACGUUUGUCAGGUCUCCCUCACAUGCCCAAUACCCUGCUGCUGGAAUGCCGACAUAUGCUUAUGACAGGCCAGCUGCACCUACUAUGUAUGGCAGCCGGAGCCCGCCGACCAACCCAUAUGCUUACUCGCCAGAGGCAGCUCCUCCUCUCGCUGGAUCAUAUCCUGGAGCUCCAAUAAAUUACCCAACAUAUGGAGGUUAUGGAAAUGGUUUGGCACCGGCUUAUCAGCAGGCUUACUACCGAUAGACUUGACUAAUCGGAAAUGGUAACACUGAUAUGAUGACCCUCAUUGAUAGUUGAUCUUAUUUGCUUUUCCAAUGGUUGGUUUGUAAUCUCUAACUGCUUAACUGUAGGGAUGUAUGUGUGUUAACUAUGACAUUUGCCCUGCUUGCUUUGUCAGGUAGGUAGUUGUAAUUUCUAAUGUUGAUUGAA